UGUGUGUGUGUGUGUGUGUGAUGCUGUUAAUACUACACCGACCUUCACUCUUCUCCCGUUCUCCAACACUCUCGCACUCCAAAGCAGGUCUGUUUUGUAUUCCCGUAGGAACUUCGAGAAGGUACGGGCUUGUCUUUCGUAAAAGCUUCUUGGUUACAAUCGUGAACUUCAUCAGGACGUUGCGGAGGCGUAAACCGUUCGUGCAACGAUCCCAUUGAAAGGGCAAGCGGUUUGAAUCAGGAAGUGCCGAGUGUGAACAUGGCUUCCAGACAACAGCUCCAGAGUCUGGUCGGGGAGACAAUUUGUCCAAUUUGUCUUGAUUUCUUCGCGGAUCCAGUAAUACUGGAUUGUGGCCACAACUUCUGCCGCUUCUGUAUCACCCAGAGUUGGGAAAAGAAGGAGAUAAAUUCCUGCCCGGAAUGUAGGGAGGAGUUUCCGGAAGGAAACUUCAGGAUCAAUCGGGCCUUAGGGAAACUGGCCGAAAAAGCUCGAAAAUUAAAGCCGGAUCUGAAAGAGACUGGAAAUAAAGUUCACUGCGAGGAACAUCAGGAUGAACUGAAGCUGUUUUGUGAAACUGACAAGAAAUUGAUCUGUUACACAUGUAGAGAUUCGUGGAAACACCGAGGGCACAGGUUCCUGCCGAUUAAAGAAGCUGUUGAAAUUUACAAGGAAGAGAUAAAAUGUUUCUUAGAUUCUCUUACAUUGAAGAAAUCAGCAGUUCUAGAAAAGAAACUGAAACAGAAACAGAAGAUUUCUGAAAUUAGGGAUCAGGCGAGCAGUCUGCAGACCCACAUCACAUCCGAGUUCACUAAAAUGCACCAGAUUCUCACUGAGAAAGAACAGAGUUUACUCAGAGAUCUCAGGGAAGAAGAGGAGAGGAUUCUAGAACCAAUGGAGAAAAACCUUCGAGUCAUUCAGGGGACUUUAAAUAGUAUUGAAGAGAAACUCUCAAAAUUGCAGAAACAGAUGGAUCAAAAAGACGAGCUAAUAUUUCUGAAGGAGGAAGCUUCUUGGAAGAGAAGGGUUAGUGAGGAGCGCCAGACACUCGCAAUGCAAGAUGAUGCAUUAUCAACCCUGUUAUUUGGGAAGUUUCAUGGUCCUUUACAGUACAGAAUGUGGAGAGAAAUGAUUCCUACCAUUGAUCCAGCUCCAGCCUGUCUAACUCUGGAUCCAAAUACAGCACAUCCCCAACUCAUCCUGUCUGAGGACCGGACCAGUGUGAAACAUGGAGACAAACGUCAGUCAGUCCCUGACUCACCAGAGAGAUUCAAUUCCUGGCCCUGUGUCCUAGGAAUGGAAGGAUUCACAUCUGGGAGACACUAUUGGGAAGUCGAUAUUGCAAACAAGACUCAAUGGAGUCUGGGAGUGGCCAGAGAAUCUGCUGAGAGAAAGGGGAAAAUUGACCUUAAACCUGAAGUGGGAUACUGGAUUGUCUGGCUCGAGUCUGGAAGCUUCUUUUCGGCACUAACUGCACCUUCCUUAACCUCUCUUCCACAAAGUGAGAAUUUCCGGACAAUUGGAGUUUUCCUGGACUAUGAGGGCGGACAGGUGUCAUUUUACAAUGCGGAGAACAUGUCCCAUCUCUACACUUUCACCCACACUUUCACUGAGACGAUCUUUCCCAUCUUCUUUCCUGGAUUGAAUGCUGGUGGCAGCAACUCUGCACCACUGAAAAUCUGUGGUGUUAAAUUCAGUAAUAUAUCCAUCCUAUAAUAUCACCGUUCCCUUGCCUCCUGUCAGCUCUAAACUGAUGAGGGUCAGUCUCAGUCACAGUUGGUGAGAGAAGGCGUGUUAACAUUCCGGGAAUAAACCCUGUCUCAGAACUGGGAAUUGAAAGAUCAGCAAGGAGCUUUAUCGGGCUGGGAGAGAAAAUAAGGAGAGAGAAGUAACAAAACAAGUUCAACUGUAGUGAGGAAAUCAUUAGGUAAAACGAGCUACGAACUGCAGGCAAACAAAAACAAUUAGCUGGAGAAAUUCAGCAGAUCUGGCAUCAAAGUCACUGGAUUCGAAAACUCAACUGUUUUUCUCUCCACGAAUGCUACCAGAUCGACUGAGUUUCUCCAACUGUUUCCGUUUUUGUUUCUUUCAGAUUUCCAGCACCUGCAAUUCUUUGUAUCAUGUAUGAACUGCAGGAGGCCAGCCCCUUACUGUCUUUAAUGUUGAUUGACUGGCGGCAGUGGCACUACAUGACGGUGUUGCAGAUGAAUCAGUCAGUGGUUCUCAGACUGGGCUCAGUGGAGUCUUUCCAGAGGGACACCAAAUCAUUUCACUGCAGGGUUAAUGGAGUAUUUCUAAGGGGACACCAAAAAAACAAAAUCACUACAGAAAGUAGAAGGACAAGGGGGAAAGGAAGAUAGGCAGGAAAAUAAGUGUUAAGCAUUGUAUAAAUUAUCAAACUUGACUGAUCACUUUUCAUCAGAAGCUGUCAAGUUUUCCACCUCAAAGUUGCCCAUUUACCACCCCUAGCGAACAGCCAAAUUCUUGACCUCCUGCCAGUGUUGAGGUUUUUGAUCUGAUUUGAUUUAUUGUUGUCAUAUGUACUCAAGUACAGCAAGAUGUUUUGUUUAGCAAAUAGUACAGGAAGAUCAGAAAAUACAAGGACAUGCAGAUUAAGGGGUGCUGAGACAGAGUGAGGCAUACAAGGUUAUGGCACACAAAAGGUCAGCAUAAGAUUUGAACUUAGAGAUUUCCAGUCAACAUUCUAAUAACAGCAGGGAAGAAGCUGUUCUUGAACCUGAUGGUGCAUGUGUUCAAGUUUCUGUAUUGUCUGCCUGACGGAAUUGGUUGAAAGAGAGCUUUUACCAGAGACUCUUGAAUUUACAUUCACAAGGGGGUGGUGGGAGACCAGCUGCUGCUGUGGUACUGGGAUAUAUUCAAUUCUACUCAGGUAGUGAGAGAUUGCCACCCUCAUGCUGCCUUUUCUGCUGAGUAGUUCCUAGAUUUUUCAUUCAUGUUUAAAAUCCAGUUGGUUUGUGGCUUGUAAUAGCGGCUAUGCUGUCACUCCAACUUGGUCGAGACUCUCAACAUUCUGCCACAAUGUGCAUUCCUUGCAAGAUUAAAAACACAAAUUGGACUGGGUUUACAGGAGUCUGGAUGUAUUGACGAGGAUGUCAAUCUCAAAUGGGUAUUAAUACACUAAAAAUUAACAGGAAGGAAGCUCAUGUUUUUAUGGCAGUUUACAUAAUACAUACAAAUAUAGGAAACAAUCUUGAGGCUGUUUAAGCGUUGAUAUUGCUGUCAAUACAAACCUGUCAUCUUGUCCGAUUUGAAUGUGAUGUGUGAGCAGAUCAGGUGUAAAUGUAAAUAAUCGUUAAUCUCAACUACAUUGAAAUAGUUCAGUUGUUAUACAUUACGCUUCUAACAGAAUCGUUGUUUAAUUUCUCUCUGAUUUUUUCUGGACUGUCUCAUCAUGACAUGCAUCAGUGAAAUAUUCCAUUAAUCA